CACAUUUUGAUUCCACGCUCAGCAAAGACACCUUCCUUUAUCUUUUAAUCCGAUCUAAUCCAAAGGACACUCAGUUUGAGCCCCCCAUCUGAUCUCAUUGCUAAUCUCGAUUUGCUCUGUCUCACUUGAUAGCCUACCGGUUACUCACACCUUACUGUUUGUAUUGGUCAAAUUCUAUAGCUUGAUCCGCUUCUUUUAGCCCUUGCUUGACCCAUUUUUCAGUCAGCUGUCCAGCCGCAUUUUACCCUCAAACGCCGAUCCACCAGACAGCCCCUCUCAGAAAAAGCCCAUUCAGCCUAAUGGAAGGUCAACUACCACUCGCCGCCAAGCGCGGCUACACGUCGCCCGACUCGACGUUCCUGUACAUUAUCUGGUGCAUUUAUGCGGUGCUACCAUUCACCGUGAUUGCGUACUACCUCCUUGUAACGCUCGACUACCACAUUUACACGACUUCCAGCGGGCUCUACUACCCCGACUUCCCCUCGUCCGCGCAGUGGCAUGGCUCCGCGGAGAGUGAGAGGUUGGGCGUUGAGUUCUACGAUCUCGCGGACUACCUGCCUACCGCUGAGGGCUGGCGAAACGAAGAGCGGGUGCUCUUCCUUGUGCCGUUGCGUGACGCGUCCGCGCACUUGCCCAUGUUCUUCCUGACCCUCCGCAAUCUCACGUACCCGCACAACUUGAUCGAUUUGGCGUUCUUGGUGUCUGACACCACAGACUCUACCAUCGCCGAUUUGAAGCAGAAUUUGCGCCUGAUUCAGGCGUCAGAGGAUGUGUCCCUGCACUUUGGUCGUAUCAACAUCUACGAGCGAGACUUUGGACAGGUCGUCGGGCAGACCUUCUCUGACCGACACGGUUUCGCGGCCCAAGGCCCGCGCCGUAAGUUGAUGGCGAUUGCCCGCAACUGGUUGCUCACCAUUGCGUUGCGCCCGGACCAUGCGUGGGUCUACUGGCGUGAUAUCGACGUGGAGGUGGUGCCCGGCACCAUUCUUGAAGACUUGAUGCACCACGACAAGGAUGUGAUCGUGCCCAAUGUUUGGAGACCGUUGCCCGACUGGCUCGGCUCCUACCAGCCGUACGAUUUGAACUCGUGGCAAGAAAGUGAGGGUGGUGUGGAGCUCGCCGGCCGCUUGGACGAGGAUGCCGUGAUUGUCGAAGGCUACAAGGAGUAUGCGACCUGGAGACCGCAUUUGGCGUAUCUCCGCGACCCUGACGGGGAUCCAGAGUUGGAAAUGGAGCUCGACGGGAUUGGUGGAGUCUCCAUUCUCGUUAAGGCUACCGUAUUCAAGGAGGGCGGCAUGUUCCCCGCGUUUUCGUUCAAGAAGCACGCCGAGACCGAGGCGUUCGGCAAGUUGUGCAAGACUAUGGGCAAGUCGGUGAUCGGGUUACCGCACUACACCGUCUGGCACAUCUACGAGCCAUCGUCCGCCGAUUUAAAACACAUGAAGUGGAUGGAGGUCGAAGCGAAGCGCUUGGCCAUGGAAGCCCAGAACAAGAGGUUCUACGACAAGUCGUGGAAGACUUUGUUCACGGAGGUCCAGCUGGACUGGGAUGUACUCAAGCUGAACGUUUUCAAGAAUACGGAUUUGUCCAAGACGCGCAAGAUCAAGGUGGAUUGGACCGAGUCGGACGAGUUCUUGAAGCAGAUGGAUGACAGAAACGACAUGAUCAAUAUCUAUGCUAAUUCGCCCGACUCGGGCGAUUACGACAGGGUUGAGAUGGCCAUCAUGAACAAGUUUAAGCAGUCUCCAAACCGAUAUGGAGAUACCGAGGGUGAGGCGGUGUUUGGCAACUUCCCGUUGAGCCCGGUGGGCAACGACGGCAGAAGUGACAACUUCAAGUUUGUCAAGUUUACUGACGAAUUCCCCGAGUUAAACCUUGAGGAGCAUGAGGAAACCCAAGAGAAGCCGGAAGACGAACACAAGGAGGAAGACGAACACAAGGAGGAAAAGCAGAGAGAGGAAGAAAAGAAAGAGGAGGAAAAGAAAAAGGAGGAUGACAUGGAGGAGAUCAACCCUUCGAACGACAAUAUUAAAGACAGCCAUGACGAACAAAAAAUCCAGGAAACUCAGAAAGAAGAGGACGAGCAAAAUAUCUCGGAGACUCAGAAAGAAAAGGAGGCCGAAGAGAAGCGACUUGAGGAGAAGACCCAACAGAAGAAGCUCGAGGAGAAGAAGGCUCAACAAAAGGCUGAUGCCGCGGCCGAGAAGGAAGAGUCUAAGGUGAAUACUGGUAAGCAGAAGGCCGCCAUCGAAAAGGUCAAGGCGGACCAGGAGAUGGGCCAGAAGGCUGGGGGUCAGGAUGCGGCGGUUGGAAACCCACCAACCGAUUUCUCCGAUCCGUUGGGCAAGGAAAUGAACGAUUUGUUUGAUCUUACUCCGGACGCUUAGGUACGGAUGUUCCGUCGGUGAGGCCGGAUACUGGGCUGUGGUUAUAGGGGUGAAUGUCGCUUAUUCCGCCUUCACUUUGCAUUUUGCGGUACUAUUAUAUAUUUUACUCCUUAAAAUACAACUGCUAUAGUAACUUGUCUUGGUAGGGUAUUGAGUGGAGACCUAUCAACCGGAUUAGUUUGAAAAUGGUAAA